UGCUAUGUGGAUAUUUGUUAGCAAUGACUGAUGUGGAAUCUACAUAUGCAGACUUUAUUGCUUCAGGAAGAACAGGUAGAAGAAAUGCAUUGCAUGACAUCCUUGUGUCCUCUCCGGGUGGGAACUCUAGUGAACUAGCCUUAAAGUUAUCAGAGCUUGAUAUAAACAAAACAGAAGGAGAAGGAGAUGCACAACGAAAUCCAAGUGAGCAAACCGGGGAGGCCCAAGGGGAGGCAGCAAAGCAAGAAAGCUGACAUCCGACUUUGACCGAGUGGAGCAGCUGCUGGAUGUUUUCAGGCUACAAGAGUGUGCUGGAACAAAUUUGUUUCCAUGAGCAAGCUGGUAGAAAAGAAAGUGCAUGUGUCUUCACUGCUGGAACCCACUCAACACAAUGCUAAAAAUCUGGGUACAAGCUGUGACAGAAGACAGAAUUUUCUCUACCUCUGUCAUUAGCAAUGGUUGAACAUGUAUUGAUUUUUUGGGAUAGUGUCAUCAGAUGGAUCCCUUCAUAAUGACUACUCGAUGGGAACACUUUUAGAAAGUAGAACAGGUAAAUCUUGUAGCAAAUGGCCUUUGAAGCAUCAGAGGAUCUAAUUGUGUAUCUUAAGCAAAGGCUUGUGUGAUCCUCAGAGUCUAAAAUUCUCUGGCCAAAGUGUUUGCCCAUUAUAAGAACUAUAAAGAAAGCACUGUUUUUAGAACUUUGCAUCUGUUUUACAGCUCUGUUAUUUACAAUGGUUUUUGUAUUGUACGACUUAGAUGCUCCACACUGCCCCUUCUCAACUGCUUAUGAAGAAUAUUUCUGUUACUGUGAAUUUUUCUACCACACGUUUUGAAAGGGCUGGUUUUCUGCAUAAGGUGGUGAUGUGCACAUGAUAGAUCUGAACGUCAACCGCUAGAUUGAUUAUGCCUAAACCUAAAUGACUCAGCAACACUCUGAUUUGUUACUAGAUGAGCCUUCAAAACGAUUUGUUAAUGUGAAUACUUGAGCGUUUGUUGUGUCCUUGGUACAGUUUUGCCACUCGCCUGUAGUUAGUUGCAUAUCAGAGACUCAAAUUGAAUCUUUUAUGUUAUUCUUCCCCAUUUUUCUAAUUUUGGUCCCAAUUUCUUAAUCUUUCUCUGAGAUAUUUUUUUAAAAUGUUAUUCCAAGUAUUUUAUUGUUACAGUAGUUUUAAGAAUACAUUUAUAACCUUAUAUGGGUUAAAAUUCAAACUAAUUCCAUGGUGCUAGAGGUUUUCCUGAUCCACAUUGUAAAAGUUAGGCCUUGUUUACACAUGGGAAAAUAACUGGCGUAGGUUAUUGCCAAUUGUGUAUUCUGAAAUGAGUUUUAGACUGCAGUAUAGUCCAAUGAGUGGCUCCUGGGCUGGAUCCAGCCAGGGGUUCGAUUUUUACAAUUCCUUGCCUUUGUCUCGGUUGAUCAGGCUGUUGAGUUUCCACAGCCAGUAACCUGCUACUGAUGCACCAGAACAGCCAAGUGCUGCAGUCUGCUACAGUAGCCUUGUGGCUUGCAGCUGGAAAGGGAGGUGAGAGACUUGGCAUCUAGCACCCAAAGACUAGGUUUUUUCCCAUUUCAUCUAUUCCAAAAUGACAGUCCAAACUGGGCCUCCAUCAAAAUACCAGGAUAGCUUGUCCAUCCAGGACAUCACUUAAAAUGUCUGCAAAUUUAUAACCUGUUCUGCAGUAGCUAUUGCUGAUUGAUUUGUUUUUCCCCCUCAUCCUGCCCCAAUAGACAAGGCCAUACAUGAGGCUGAAUGCUGCAAAAUGGGGCAGCCACACCUCUGUGUGACUAAGGUGAGUGAAGAGAGUGACUGAUAGUAAACCAUGGCAAUCACACAAGCACCAAUCACAAGGUCAGAAGAUCUGUUUUCUUUUAUUAUUAGGAGGUGA